UUCCCGACCCCCCCACCCAAAUUCCCUUUCCCCUUGACCCCCUUGACAAUGUUGCCAUGUUGCCGCUGGCUUCAGCCUCUCAUCGUCUUGCUCUCCUCUGCCUUACUGACUUGGGGGCAAAACUGCCCAGCUAGCUGUCUCUGCCCGGACCCUCACACAGUCGACUGCAGUGGACAGGGUCUCACCCGCCUGCCGGUUUCCAUCCCCCUGGACGUCCGGAGGCUCCUACUGUCAGACAACUGGAUUCCCAAGAUCCCCUCAGAUUUUCUAGUGCUCUACAGCGAUCUGGUCUACCUGGACCUGCGGAACAACUCCCUGUCAUGCAUCGAACCUGGAACUCUCAGCACUUCCUCCAGACUGGUGUUUCUGGACCUUGGCUGCAACAACUUGACCGAGAUCGCUGCUGGGACGUUUGGGGAGUCCCGCAGCCUGAUCAAACUCCGCCUGGGCAACAACCCCUACCUGACUACGGUCAACGAGAACGCCUUUCUUGGACUCACUUCUCUGCGUGAGCUGGAAUUGGAGCGCAAUGCCCUGUCCGGCCUGCAGGUGGCGGCCCUGAGCCAGCUGCCCUCUCUGAGGGUAGUAAGGCUGGAAGGCAACCCUUGGGUGUGCAACUGUAACUUUUCCAACCUGUUUGCAUGGCUGAGGGACAACUCGGACAAGCUUCCAACUGGAGUGGAUGGCAUGGAGUGCUCCCUCCCGGUGGAUGGGCGUAGAGUGGCACUGAGCCAGCUCUCGGUGGACAGUUUCCGCGAAUGCCAGCUGACCCUGACCCUCACCGACUAUCUCAUCAUCAUCUUCUCGGGCAUCUCCGUCUCGGUGGCUGCCAUCCUCGCCAGCUUCUUCCUGGCCUCCACUGUGCACUGCUUCCAGCGCUGGAGCAAAGCGAACAAGAGCGAUGAAGAGGACAGCGAUGACUGAAAGAGGCGAAGCUCCCUUUGACAGCCUUGUUCUUCACAAAAUAGGGAUGAGAAGUGAGCUCCAAGGCUCCAGGUGAUAUCCGCCAUGUCGGAUCUGGUUGGUCUGAGCAAUGAGAAGGGUAGUGCUGUAAUUAAUGAGGUAGUUUGAGCUAUUAGUGCAUUUGCUAUUAUACAACAUUGACCAGGAUCACACUAGAAGCAAUUGGUGGGUAACAUCAGAUAGAAUUAAAGAUAGAAUUAUCUUUUUUAUUCAGCAUAAUAGCUGGUGUUCCAUUGCAUCAUUCCACCUGUGCAAAAUGGUGUUUGUACUUUGACGUAUGCUUCCGAUCUUGUGCAAAAAUGCUGGUGUUUGUUUUCACUAGAGGCAAACUGGAUGCAUGCUGGAUAAUAGAAGAAUUGGUUGGUGGUUCACAGUUUGUCCACAGGGAACAAAUCAGGCCCACAUGUACUAGCCGUUAAAUACUUCUCAUAAUUAACAAUGAUACUUUUCGACAAAGACUCAUUAACAACAUAAAAACAACAACAGAUGGAACAAACUAAAUUUAGUUUGCUGAAAACAGUGAAAAUAAGGAACCCUGUACAUUAAUAUACAUUUUUUCAAUCUGAGGCAUGCAUGCUCAUUAGCACGAAUAUACUGUACAUUCGUUAUCACUUAUUCUUAAACAGCUAAACAGGAAAAGUAUUUUAUGCUGAGUGUAUGUCUAUGUUAAGCAGCAGUAAUGUCAUGAGUAUUGUUCAGAAGAGGCACAGUUUCAAGGGAAAGUGCAAUAUCAUGACUUAAGCUACCAGAAAAUACCCGUGGGAAGUGUAAUUACAUGAGGUAUGGCUCUGUGAAACACAGACAACAGCUAAAACUGCCCCUUACUGGUUCCUUUUAUUUUCCGCAUAAAAUAAAAUUAACGUGAAAAACGUGAAAAAGGGAUAAUUAAAAUAAAUUAACCUGCCAUUAUUUGAUCAGAUUUCAUAUCAAAGGGAUAUAAUCUGUUUAUCAUAUUUUUAUGUUGAAAAAUAGAUGUGGAAAUUAUUACUCGUUACUGGAGAAAACAACCGUAGUUCAGUGUAGAGCUCAACUAGAUUAAAAUGUUUUAAAUUACAAUCAAGCUUCAGCCACUUGCUGUGACAUCUCAUGAAUUGCACUUUAUAGGUGAAAAUGGUAGCAUUUUAUACUGGUUCAUGUUCCGUUUAAAGAAAUGAGUUUGUCAGAGACUGCCAAAGAUUAAUUCAAAGUUUCAGGAUAAAGUGAAAGUUUAGUGAGUCCUGCUGUACAUUAAAAUGUUAUUAAUUCCAGUGAAGUUACAUAUUACCUACAUAGGAUUUCUAAGUGAACUGCUUCUGAAUUCAUUUGAACUGAUCAAAGCUGUGGAGUUAAUACUAACUCUUAAUAAAGUGUUAAUGAUCUGCGUAAGUGUGUAACAUGCUGGCGUUUUAAUCAAAUUGGAGUUUGUAAUGCUUAAUUAGUAGGAGGUGCUAUUGAAUAAGUGACCUAUUUUAAAGUGCUGAUAAAGCAUAGAUUUGGACUCAUUUCUUUCAUUGCUGCAAAGGUUAAUAAUGGACCAAAAAGCAUAGUCAUGUAUUUGUUGGCUUUUUCAUCGCUGUGGCCAAAAGAGGUUUUAAUCCUCUUUUGUAAGUAAUUUCAGUGUGUUGUUUUUCUCACUCUUUUACUUUUUGAAAGAUUUAACACAGCAAACAUAUUAUUCAAUAUAUCCCAUUGACUUGUAUUGUAGCUGAAGAUACUACUUGUUCUGAAAAAAAAACAAGCUUUGAAUUCAUGCUCUCCACUUUCCAGGAUGUGUUAUUGUAAUGGAGUCAUUCUGAUUUCCAAGAAAUACAUCAGUCUCGCUUUAGUCUAGGGGUUGCUAAGCUGAAUUAUUUCUUAUCUGUGUUCAUUUUGUGAUCUUCUCCCUGAGGUUGAAUUAUUGUGAUGUUGGGCUUUAGGCCUUUUUGAGCAAUUGUGUAACCACAUCUAUGCUCUCCACCUGACUGAAAAUACUGAAUUGUUGGUAUUUUACAAGAGCUGAUGUCAAAUUGCCUUGUACAAUAUAGGAACAACCUAAGUUGCUAGAAAAACAGGAUAACAAAGGGCAGGACAAAAGGAUUACAAUACAAAUAAGUCAAAAUCGGCGAAAACUUCUAUGAAAAAAGAAUGCAUGGCAUCCUUUCAAAAUUUCAAGUUUGGAAACUAAAUGUUAAGCCUUCCUCUUUGAGUGCCAGAUACAAGGGUUUAAGAUACACACAACGAUAUUCGGUCCAUAGAGAAUACAUGAUAAAUGUAAUUGAUGGGUACAUGAUAAUGUCUGAAGGGUACAAAGUGGAAAAAGAUAGUGGAAUACAUUUGAUGGAAUACAUUUUUACUCUGCACAUUAUCAAGGGAAAUAAUACCAUCUAUGUUUCAUUCAAAGUUACUUUUCCACAUUGAAAUAAUAAGUUUAGGAAUUCAUGGAAUAUAUAUUAAUUCCUACCAAAGCCCCACUGUCCCUAUUAGUGAUCUUAUUGGCAGAAAUACGUGAACAUUUGCUGCAAUUGUUCUGACAAAUUUAAUAUCAGUGUACAAUUACAGUAGGUCAUCAGUCGUUAAAAUCGAAAGGGGUCAAACAUUUUUGUGGUGGUAUUACUUUAAUCACUUUAUCUUCUACUAAUUAAUGUGCUUAACAGAGUACAGUACAUUAAAAAAUAUGGUAACAUUGUAAACCUGUGCUUGAUAGUUGAUCAAUUAGGCAGAUGGUGGGAAAUGUAAUUCUAAAUGUUAGUCAGUAUUACCGUGUACUGUGCCCAAAUUUGAGCUGCUUUGUUUUUCGAUAAUCCAGAAACAAGUUCUCUACUUUCCUUUGUAAACAAACCAUUACAAUGAGAUUGCAAUAAUGACUAAGGGAUAGGAUUCACUGCAUGACCUGAGCAUAUCCAUACAUAUGUCUGCAUAGUCCUUCACAUAUUCUUCUGUUUAAGAUAGAGCAAUUGUUUGCAACCCCUAAAUUGUGAAUGAAUCAUCCAUACGAUUUGUACAUGCUGGAUAAAUUUGUAACCUGUAACAAAUCCUUCGUCUUGUCCAAACCUUUCCUCUAAUUUCAGAUUUUAAGCAGAACUACGGGACACAUUCAAAAUUCAGGUACCAUUCAGUGCUGUAACUUACAAGGUAGUCGCUGUUGUUAUCUACAAAUUGCUCCUGUGUGUUUGUAUCUUGUACCCCCUUGUACAAAACAUACCUAACUCAGAUUACUGUGAUUAUCUGGAUUUGUUAGUUUUCAUUUAAAAUAUUCAGUAUUAGCUUGAAAUGUCAAAGGACACUGUUUGGCAAAAACCUGUCCUCAAGAGGUAUGAAUUUUAAAAGCAGAGUAAGUGGGUUUUAGGCAAUUACAGCGAUUGGAGUGCAGUCUGUUUUGUUAAACGUAGACAGUUUUGUUCAGAGAGCUGCAACACGUGCUUAUAUUGUUUGGAAUUGGAACCCGCCAGUCUGACAGUUGGUUAAUUAAGGAAGGAAAACACUUAAUCUUACUGAAAAACAGUGCAUACCUACACAUCUAGAAUGCCUGUCUUUUGUAUCAUAGAAUUAGGCUUUCAAUCUAUGUAGCCAAUGUUUAACUACUGUGUAGUUACCAUGGUCUUAAUGUACCUGUAUUUUGAGUGUAUUAUGGUAUGUUUUUUUAUUGCUCUUUGAAUUUCCUAUAAAUUCCUUUUAGUUCUAUUAAUUUCUAAGUGUUGCAUGCCACUGCCACUCCCCUGCCCCCAUGAAUUUAUUUUAUUUUUAUUUAUGAGAAUUUAUAGCAAUGAAUAUAUAAAUGCUAAAACAAAUGAACUUUUUGACAUGUAAUUUCAUUAUUUUUGAUUCUACUUUCAGAUUCAUAUGUAUAUUUUUUUAUAGAGACAGUACGGAGUGAGUCCUCCACAAUGUUACUUUAAGAAAUCCUUGUAAGACUCCCAGAAAUGGGGACUUGUGUCAACUUCAUUUUCUUGCCCAAUCUCCUUACUUGGUUCCUAUCCUAUGGUGUGAUCAUUCUCUAGUAUUGUUAUUCUUAUUUAUGCCCACAAGGCUCAAGAAUAGGAGAAACAACAGGGAAUGGCCAUUCCUUUUGGUACAUACAUUAACACAUACUGUAAUACUUAGCUGUUUCAGAAAGCAAAAUUGCUUCUCUAUUAAACUUCCUGGCAAUCAACUUUGGACAACCUUUUCAGAUUUUUCUUUCCUGGAUGUUUUUUUUAACUUGGCCAAUGGCAAUCUUAAUAGAACCUACAACAGAGAUUGUACUGUACAUUGUAGGAUAUGGAACCAGGGAGAAAUGAAACAACAGGAAUGGGCAGAUGAUGGAAAUUAGUCCUCAGAGAUGGUACAGUAUACUUAGUGUGAGGCCCUUUUCAUAAAGCAUUGGCAUGUGCAGAAAUUUAGUGCAUCCCAACUCUUUAUGAAGAUCUGCCCAAUAUGAUACUACCAAGUACACUAAUUUAAAUUCCAACGGAGAAGAGAUUAGGCAAACCUUAUUAGCUAAGAUUUCUACAUUUGUGAGUGCAUCUCUAGGUACCAUCUCACCUUUGUUAUGACUAUUAAUAUUAUAUUGUUCUUAGCAUUUUAUACUGUUCCUAUUUAUACCAAAAUGAACUCUUUUUGCUUAAGUAAUAUAAAUCCCAAUAGCCAU